AGCCGGACUCAGUGCGCAUGCGCAGUUCGCCAUAUUGCGCAGCAGGGCGUGAGGUGGUGCGUCCAGAGCGUCGCGGCUACAUUGUGUGUUUUUGUAAACCCUCCUCUUAAUAAUAUAUUGUGCCAAAUCCCGUCUAACAGAGUUCUCGCUCAAAAGUCUGUCGUCGCGUUAAAUCGUCGUAGACAUCAGCGGAACGCGCGGUUAGCCGCUAACAAGAUUCACAUCAAAACCACCACAACUGGACAGAUAAAGAGAUUCAUUCACAGGUGACAUAACAGGGGCCGUUUGGAUGGACCCUUCACUGGCGCCAGUGUUUUGCUGAAACGAGUUAUUAGCGGCACACAGGAGCCUCUCUGAGGCCGAUAACAGCGCAGGAUGUCCAUCACAAACACACCCACCAGUAACGACGCCUGUCUGAGCAUCGUGCACAGUCUGAUGUGCCACAGACAGGGCGGCGAGAGCGAGACCUUCGCCAAACGGGCCAUUGAGAGUCUGGUGAAGAAACUGAAGGAGAAGAAAGACGAGCUGGAUUCGCUCAUCACCGCCAUCACCACCAACGGCGCUCAUCCCAGCAAAUGUGUGACCAUACAGAGAACGCUAGACGGCAGGCUGCAGGUGGCUGGUCGUAAAGGAUUCCCACAUGUAAUUUAUGCACGGUUAUGGCGAUGGCCGGACCUUCACAAGAACGAGUUGAAACAAGUCAAGUACUGCCAGUUUGCCUUUGACCUGAAGUGUGACAGCGUGUGUGUGAACCCUUACCAUUACGAGAGAGUCGUGUCUCCAGGAAUCGAUUUAUCUGGACUUACACUGUCUGGCUCUGGUGAGUCAGGUCUGAUGGUGAAGGAUGAGUAUGAUUUUGAAGGCCAGCAGUCUCUGCCCAGCACUGAGGGACACAUGCAGACGAUUCAACACCCUCCUUCUCGACCGGUGGCCCCGGAGCCCUUCAACACGCCCGCCAUGCUCCCGCCAGUAGAGGGCAGCAGCUCGGCCUCCAUCUCCGCAUUCUCCAGCAUCGCAGUGGGAUCCACAACUCAGCCCAAUAGCGUUCUCUCAGGAAGCCACUGCAGCGAUGGUCUGCUGCAGAUUGCCUCUGGGACGGGGCAGGGCUCACAGCAGAAUGGCUUCCCCCCCGGCCAGCCCUCCACGUACCAUCACAACACCAGCUCCAGCUGGACGAGGAACAGUAACUUCACCCCCACUGUGCCUCACCAUCAGAACGGCCAUCUACAGCAUCACCCGCCCAUGACCCAUCCAGCACACUACUGGCCCGUUCACAACGAAAUCACGUUCCAGCCACCGAUAUCCAACCACCCUGCUCCAGAGUACUGGUGCUCCAUCGCUUACUUUGAGAUGGACGUUCAAGUGGGCGAGACCUUUAAGGUUCCCUCGUCCUGUCCGAUCGUGACCGUCGACGGGUACGUGGACCCCUCCGGAGGAGAUCGCUUCUGCCUCGGCCAGCUCAGCAACGUCCACCGAACGGAGGCCAUCGAGAGAGCGAGACUGCACAUCGGGAAGGGCGUCCAGCUGGAGUGUAAAGGUGAAGGCGAUGUUUGGGUUCGCUGUCUGAGCGAUCACGCCGUCUUCGUCCAGAGCUACUACUUGGAUCGUGAAGCCGGCCGCGCUCCUGGAGACGCCGUGCACAAGAUCUACCCCAGCGCAUACAUCAAGGUGUUUGAUCUGCGUCAGUGCCACAGACAGAUGCAGCAGCAGGCGGCGACAGCACAAGCAGCGGCGGCCGCUCAAGCAGCAGCGGUGGCCGGAAACAUCCCCGGCCCCGGAUCCGUGGGAGGAAUCGCUCCUGCUAUCAGUUUGUCUGCGGCCGCUGGCAUCGGUGUGGACGACCUCCGCCGGCUCUGCAUCCUGCGCAUGAGCUUCGUCAAGGGCUGGGGUCCCGAUUACCCCCGACAGAGCAUCAAAGAGACGCCCUGCUGGAUCGAGAUCCACCUGCACCGCGCGCUGCAGCUGCUGGACGAGGUCCUGCACACCAUGCCCAUCGCCGACCCCACGCCGCUGGACUGAGAUCAGCCUCCGACAAACCCAGUACCGCCAAACUGUGCGAACGAUGCAGAGUCAACGCCACACAGAUCUACACGGCUGCAUUUACUUCAUUAGUUUUUGCCUGUGUUGCAUUUGUUCUUGUAACAUUCAGACCUUGUAGUGCACAGGACCCAGUGUUAUAUAUCUAUAUGCAAAAGUGUUUUGCAUGAAGAUGAUGCGCGUUUGCCAGCUCUGCAGAGGUGCAUGCUGGGAUUCGGUUGAGUCUUCAAAAGCUGUUUAAAUGAAUAUGUUCCCAGACAUUUGCUUCAUGCUGUUGCUUCACUAGCCACUAGAGUCUGCCAUUAUGUCUAAAUGAUGCCAUUUUCAGUCAGACUGGUCUUAUUUUUGUUUUGUUUUGAUCAUCAUCUCUUAAUGCAAACCAGUCUCUCAGGCCAGACGUUUGUGGUCUGGAAGUAUGAUGGAAAUCAUGUGGCGUUUCCUUUCUCUUGAGUUGCAGUGUUUGGGUUAAAGUGGUUUGGACUCGCAGUCGUAUUAGCAGGUGUUGCAUGUACAGAAGACAUGCGUUUUCUUUCGAGCUUCUCACUAAUUGGCUUGA